UAUUGAGUUCAUAAAUUGAGGGAAUGGGAAGUGCAAAAGAGACUAAAAAGAAGAAAAAAGGAGGCAGGUCUUUGUGGUAUAUUUUCAAACUCCAGGCGGAUGGAGUGGAUCUCCUUUUGAUGAGCCUCGGCUUCUUCGGCGCCAUAGGCAAUGGUAUUUCCGCUCCCAUUAUGUAUGUGUUCACCGGCAGGAUCAUGAACAAUCUCGGCGGUGCAUCACCUUCCACCAGCGGCGGCGGCGGCCGAGGCGGUGGUUUUUCUCACCAUGUCAACCAGAAUGUCCUAAAUUUCUGUUAUCUGGCAUGCUGGCAAUGGGUGGCGUGCUUUCUUGAGGGGUAUUGUUGGACAAGAACGGCAGAGAGGCAAGCAUCCAGAUUGAGGAUGAGAUAUAUGAAAGCGGUAUUACGUCAAGAUGUUGGCUACUUUGAUUCGCACGUCUCAAGCACAGCUGAUGUCAUCGAUAUCAUAUCUGUAGAUAUUAUGGCUAUUCAGGACCUCAUCAGCGAGAAGAUUCCAACAUUGUUAACGAACCUGGCGCUUUUUGUGUCAUCCUAUGUGGUCGGGUUCAUGAUGCUAUGGAGGCUAGCCAUCGUCGGAGUUCCGUUCAUCGCGUUUCUGGUGAUUCCGGGAUUGAUAUCGGGGAGGGCGCUGACCGGAAUUGCAAGAAAGAUGAGGGCGGAGUACAGUAAGGCUGGGCGCAUCGUGGAACAAGCCAUUUCUUCAAUCAGGACCGUUUAUUCGUUCGCCGGGGAAGAGAAGACCGUCGCAAAUUACUCCGCUGCCCUCGAGAGGGCCGUGAAGAUCGGGCUGCGGCAAGGGCUCGUGAAGGGCUUGGCCGUGGGUAGUAAUGGGAUUGUCUUUGCGAUGUGGGGCUUCAUGGCCUAUUACGGUAGCAACCUGGUCAUCUAUCACGCAGCACGUGGCGGCACCGUAUUUGCUGUCGGUUCCUCAAUUGCCCGCGGUGGAAAGGCAUUGGGGCCUGUAUUUUCAGAAAUAAAGUAUUUAUCAGAGGCUACAAUAUCACUGGAACGAAUAAUGGAAGUCAUAAAAAGAGUUCCAAGUAUCGAUUCAGAGAGUAAAGAGGGCCAAACCCUAGAAAACGUAUGCGGAGAGCUCGAAUUUAGAAACGUUGACUUUGCAUACCCAACAAGACCUGAAAGCAAAAUUUUGAAAGACUUUAGCUUGAGAAUCCCGGCCGGGAAGAAGGUGGCACUGGUGGGGGGAAGUGGUUCCGGGAAGUCCACAGUUGUGGGAUUGUUACAGAGGUUUUAUGACCCCAUUAAUGGCGAAAUUCUUCUUGAUGGGGUGUGUAUUAAUAAGAUUCAGGUAAAGUGGCUAAGGUCACAAAUGGGACUAGUGAGUCAAGAACCAGCCUUAUUUGCCACCACAAUCAAGGAAAACAUAUUGUUUGGAAAGGAGAGUGCAUCCAUGGAAGAGGUCAUUCAGGCUGCCAAAGCUUCAAAUGCUCAUAACUUCAUUUCUCAAUUCCCACUUGACUAUGAUACCCAGGUGGGAGAAAGAGGGGUGCAGAUGUCAGGAGGGCAGAAACAAAGAAUCGCAAUAGCAAGAUCCAUAAUUAAGACACCCAGAAUCCUUCUCCUUGACGAAGCGACUAGUGCACUUGACUCUGGAUCAGAACAGCUGGUCCAAGAAGCACUUGAUGAGGCCUCCAUUGGACGGACCACCAUCAUCAUAGCUCAUCGUCUCUCUACAAUCAAGAACGUUGAUCUAAUUGCGGUCGUUCAAAAUGGUCACAUUAAAGAAAUUGGUUCACAUAAGUGCCUCAUUGAAGAUGAAGAUGGUAUUUACUCCUCCCUUAUCCACCUCCAGCACACUGCAAGUGCUCAUGAAACUUCUAAAAUGGUCACGCUUGAUGUGGUUACAAACUCUCAUGCUGAGAGCAUAUCUGUUAAGAACAGAUCCAACUUAACCCCAAAAGAGUUGCUAAGAGAAGAAGAUUAUACAACUCAUCUUAAGGGUGUUGAUCGUACAUAUUUAUCCGAUGUAGGAGAUCAUGGUGUUAAGAAAAAAGAUGUCUUUCACAAGCCUUCAUUUAAAAGACUACUUUCCAUGAACUCUCCGGAAUGGAAGCAAGCCACAUUAGGCUCAAUAGGAGCAAUUCUAUUUGGUGGAGUUCAACCAUUGCAUGCAUUUGUAUUGGGUUCCAUGGUAUCAGUGUAUUUUUUGCCCAACCAUGAUGAGAUCCAACGAAAAAUCAAGGUGUAUGCUUUAUGCUUUCUUGGGCUUGCCGUUUUCUCAUUUUUCAUUAAUAUACUUCAACAUUAUAAUUUUGCUGUCAUGGGAGAGUACUUAACUAAAAGGGUUAGAGAAAGAGUGUUGUCUAAGCUGCUUACGUUUGAAAUCGCUUGGUAUGACAAGGAUGCAAACGCUACCGGUUCCAUUUGCUCAAGACUUUCUAAAGAUGCCAAUGUGGUUAGAUCUCUGGUGGGUGAUCGUAUGGCAUUGCUAAUUCAAGCAGCCUCGACAAUACUUAUAGCAUGGACAAUGGGGCUCAUUAUCACAUGGCAACUUGGACUUGUUAUGGUGGCAGUCCAACCGUUAAUCAUAUCUUGUUACUAUUGCAAACGCGUUAUGCUAAAGAGCAUGUCAAAGAAAGCAAACAAAGCCCAACAAGAAAGCAGCAAGCUCGCAGCAGAAGCAAUUACAAACAUGCGAACUAUCACUGCAUUCUCAUCCCAGUCUAGAAUUCUUGAUAUGCUCAAAAAAUCUCAAGAAAGUCCCAAAAAAGAGAACAUCCGCCAAUCAUGGAUUGCAGGCAUUGCACUUGGUGCUUCCAAUAGCCUCAUGACGUUUACUCGGGCUUUAGGCUAUUGGUACGGUGGUAAGUUGGUUGCAGAAGGCGCUACUGGAGCUAAAUCAGUCUUUCAAACGUUUCAGAUUUUAUUGACAACCGGGCGAGUCAUAGCUGAUGCUGGGACCAGAACCAAUGAUCUAGCCAAAGGUUCUGAUGCGGUGGGAUCUGUGUUUGCAAUAUUGGACCGUCACUCAAUGAUUGAACCCAAAGAUUAUAAUGAUAAUGAGGUUUUAUUUGGACACAUCGAAUUCCAAAACGUUUAUUUCGCAUACCCCGCAAGGCCUAACAUCGUUAUUUUCAACAGUUUUUCAAUCACGUUUGAUGCGGGGAAGUCAACAGCUCUUGUUGGAUCGAGUGGUUCUGGUAAGUCAACCAUUAUUAGCUUGAUUGAAAGAUUCUACGAUCCGAUUGACGGUGCUGUGAGAAUAGAUGGUCGUGAUGUAAAAUCAUACGACUUGCGUACUUUAAGAAAAAACCAUAUUGCACUUGUGAGCCAAGAGCCGACAUUGUUCGCCGGAACAAUACGAGACAAUAUUUUAUACGGGGCAGCGGGUGAAGCCAAUGAGGUAGAGAUCAUCGAGGCAGCAAAGGCAGCCAAUGCUCAUGAUUUCAUUUCAUCGUUGGAGGAUGGGUAUGACACUUGGUGUGGAGAUAGGGGGUUGCAGUUGUCUGGGGGGCAAAAGCAACGGAUAGCUAUAGCCAGGGCACUUCUAAAGAACCCAAAAAUAUUGUUAUUGGAUGAGGCCACAAGUGCAUUAGAUAGCCAUUCAGAGAAAUUAGUCCAAGACGCACUUGAACGACUCAUGAUGGUUGGUAGUCGUACUAGUGUGCUGGUAGCACACCGUUUGAGUACCAUUCAACACUGCGAUUCUAUUGUUGUAUUAGACGACGGGAAUGUCGUGGAGAAGGGGACUCAUUCAUCUUUGCUGGCCAAAGGGCCUAGUGGGACCUACUUCUCCUUGGUUAACCUUCAAUCAAACGCUACCCAACUCAACUCAAGUAAUGAGGAGUAGUCAUUGUAUUAUUGUAUGUCACUCAUCUUUGUAACUGUCUUGAGACAUACCCCACAAAAUGACAUAUAUGUGAUGUUUGAAAUUAUAUUCUAAUGUAACAUAGGAUGUAUCAAACUAUGGACAUGUAUAUUAUUGUAUAUUUAAUCACAUAAGUUUUAGAAAGAACCAUGUACAC